UAAACCAUUCAUAUCGCCAUUUUGAUUAAUCAUCGAAAUGAAUCAAUUCAAUUACAAUUAGUUGGUAAUUGUUGGAAUUGGUCUACCCGGAAAAAUUAUAUCGUCUUUGGCUGAGUUAAAAAAAUAAAAUGUAUAAAUUGUGUAGCAUUUAACGAAAUGAGUGCAAGUGGCUAUAAUAAACAAAUAAGAGAUGAAAAAACAAGCGCUUUAUCAGCCUUUUAUAUUUAGUGGAAAAUACUUUGAAAUCGUAGAUCAGUAUAUUGAAACAAGUCACCAACGUACAGGAGACUUUAUAAGUGCGCGUUGUUUACAUUGCCCAGAUGGAAGGACAGUAAUUAAAGCACCUCGAAAGGUAUCCUCAAAUUUGUUAAGACAUAUGCGACAACAUCACCCCCAGGUCUACGAAGAAUAUCGUCAAAACAAGCCAAGAGCAAGUCAGAGGCGCAGAACACUAGAGUCGGAAAUGUGUUAUUUCCUUAAACAGACUGAACCAACGAAUACUUUAGUAAAAUUGGAAAGUUGCGAGAUAGAGUCUGAGACUAUCGUUCCAAACUCUGUACCAAUAAUGGAUAACAAUCAGUAUAAUCAAUAUGUAUCUACUCAAACCGGUUUCCAUGAAAACUCCGAUAGGCAAUAUGUAAACUACCAGACAUUUGUGCACAAUACGUCCGACCCAAUGAGUAUUAAUGAUCAAUCAACAUACAAUAUUAAACCAGAAGCUGAAUAUAAUCAUACGGGCGUUUCAGGCUAUGAUGCUAAUAACAGUACGCAAAUGGUUCAAGUGGAUGACAGUAAUGAAGCCGAUUUGCAAGCAUUCGAUUCCGAUGACAUACCAGUUAUAGUAAACGGAAAAUAUUUUAAAAUUGUUGAAGAGAUAAACGCUACAGAACAUCAGCGUGCCACACGGGGCAUUGUAGCAGUUUGUCAACAUUGCUCCCGUGAAAAAGCAAGACCGAUACAUGGAUCCAUGAGAAUAACUUCGAAUUUCGUUCGACAUUUGAAGACUCUUCAUCCAGAAAAAUACAAAGAAUUUGUAACUGAUAGGCAAAACUAUGCUCGUUUGCAGCGACCAAAGAGGGGUCAAAAACGCAAAUUUGCACUUGAUGGGCAGUAUGGAAACUGUUCCCGAUUAGAAGGAUACUUUGAUAGCGAAACUAAUGCGCAGUACCCAGAAGGUGCUUCUGCAUACAACGAUGACACUCAACCUUCGUCAGCGAAUAAUUCUUAUAAUGCAGACAAUACCGACGCUGAAUCGAACGAUACUCAUUUAUCAGGAGAUCAGGAGGAAAAAAUUAGUUUGCCCUCUUGCCAACUAACAUGCGAUCCAAAUGACAUACCUACCAUACUAAAUGGAAAAUACUUUAAAAUUGUUGAGCAAGACAUGAAUAGUAAUCGCGCUUCUGUCAGCGUUGUAGCUGCCUGCCAGUUUUGCGACACUGAUAAGUUGGUAAAAGGUCCACUCAAAGUGACAUCGAAUUUCGUGCAACAUUUGCGUUCGCAUCAUUUUAAGGAGUAUAAUAUGUAUGUACAAGAAAAAUUCCACAGCAACAUAAGGGGCCGACGCACACUUACUAGACAGCCAACCACAAUGCCAUUUAUUGAAAAACUCUUGAAUUUCAUUUUGUUAUCCAACGUACCAGUCUCUGUAGUGGAAGAGCCAUCUUUCAUUGAACUUUUUCAAGGCACCGGCCUAGCAGUGUGCUCCUCAUCGCAACUACUUGCGCGUCUGGAUGAGUCGCAUACAUGCUUUGUAGAAAAUAUAAAGCGCAGCCUGCUGGAUGUACGGUGCAUUUGUGUAACGGCUGAUAUUUGGACUAGUCGAAAUAAACACUACUUUGGCUAUUGUGGUUUUUGGUUAGAUAAUGAACUUAAGCGCCAGAUGGCAGUGUUAUCAUGCGUUAGGCUCAGUAGUAUGCCGACUAACAAUGAAAUUCAGUCCUUAAUAGGGCAGAUACAUAGCAAUUAUGAAUUGAGCGCAGAUAAAAUCAUAUGUACAGUGGUUGAUGGCGUGCAGGAUUACGUUCAAACAUAUCACAAUUUCAGCAUUAAAAGUAUGUGCAACGAAUACUACGAUGAAGACUUCGGGUUCUCUAUCAGCAGUGCUCAGCAUUUAUUGAACCAACUGCCACAGCAAAUGAAACGUGGUGAAUAUAGUUUACAUCAAUUGACAGUUUUUGACUUUAACAAUAUAUUAAAAUCACAUGAAAUGCUGCAACUUGCGUUGACACGUUGUUUAAAUAUAUUAAACAAGUGCAGGGAUUUCGAGAAUGCGGAAGUUGCCGCAUGCUUAUUUGACACGCGCUUGACACUAACUGAUGUGCGGUGGCCUACCUGGUACGCUUUGCUAACACAGCUCCUCAAGUACAAGCACAAAAUAGAUGAGUUGUGCAUUUCUCUAAAUGUUCCCAAUUUUACAAAAAACGAAAUUCAGUACUUGGAAGAUUUUUGCAUGAUACUAAAGCCAAUAGCAGAUGCUUUGGAGUUCCUGCAGCAAGAUAAUUAUUUGUAUUAUGGCUACUUUCUUCCCACCCUGGUUACAAUCAAAGUCAAAUUGAAAAAGUUGCACGAGUGCAGACGUAUAAAACACUUGCACGCUGUAGCACAACAAAUGAGCGAUGCUUUAUCGAAUCGUUUUGGAAAAUAUUUCGAAAUGGAUUCUGACUGCAACGAUGCCAUAAUUGCGGCAAUAGUAUGCCCAGCCGUUAAAAUGCGCUUUGUGGAAGCUUUGCGUGAAUCCGCAGCGCAUGUUACUACGGAAACGCUUACGCAGCUUUUUGUGGAUCAUGCGCAAGAGUUUUACGUAGCCGAAAUUAAGCAGCGUCCACCAUCCGUAGAUUCCUUCCUUUGUUUUACUGCGGAUGAUAAUGAAGAUUUCUCCACAGAAAAUUGCCCAACCGUCGUUAUACGCAAAGAGUUGACAGGUUACUUGCAUGAUGAGGACAAAACUUUGGCUUGUUUAGAUCGUUAUCCACUAGUUAAACAAGUUUUUCAUAAAUACAACACCUUGCCGCCAACUUCAAUGGCGCUGGAAAAUUUCUUCCAAACUUUCUUGAAUGUGCUUAAUGGACAAAAGGAACAGUAUUUAAAUGAUGAGCAUUUCGAGCGGUUAGUCCUUACGAAGGCAAAUAAAAUUUUGUAAGAGUACUACUUAAAUUAAUUCAGCGUCUAAAUGUUGGAUUUGAGCAUGAAAAUAUUGUGUAUUAAUCUAAUAAAAAUAAAUGCAUAUUUAGUUUAA